GACUGACGGACGGAUGGAGACUGACCGACAGCCAGGGAACGGGGGUAGAGGGCCGGGGCACUGGACUCGGCGGUGGGCGAGGCGCUGACGGCCGGACGCAAAGGGCAAGACAGGGGAGCUGGGAAAUGGAGCCUGAGGAAGUGUGAACGCGAUACUUUCCCGGCCCGGGCGAGUGUCUGUACGGGCGGGGUGGAGGGACCCACUCCCCUGGAUUCUGUCCAGACCACAGAGCCGGGCCCUAAGGAUCCUUUUUUCAAAAUGAUCAGAGGCAGCCACUGGGGGGAAGAGAGUUUAGUGAUUAAGUGUGAUACAAUCCCUUCAUUUGAUGCGAAAUUGUAUUUCUGCAUUUUUGUUUGUUUGUUUAGGUUCUCUAUUUGUUUCUUCCUUUCCAAGUAUUAAUAUUUCUCUCUCGAGUGAUUCCUCAUGCCCAGAGCUGCAUCCUCCUCCUCCACCUUCCCCAGAGAUUUUUUUUUUUUAACUUUUCCCUUUUAAGAGAAUUUGACUUGGGCAACCUGAAUUCUUUGCACUAAAGGUUCUUGUCUGUGGAUAAAGGUGUAAGAUUUCGAGAGUAAUAGGCCCUGCCCAAGUGUUUCAGUAGUAACAUUCUAAAUUCACAUUAAGCCUUAGGCUGGAGAACAUUCUAUUUGUGGGUUUUUUUGUUGUCGUUUUUGUUUUUUGCGGUACGCGGGCCUCUCACUGUUGCGGCCUUUCCCAUUGCGGAGCACAGGCUCUGGACGCGCGCGCAGGCCCAGCGGCCAUGGCUCACGGGCCCAGCCGCUCCGGGGCAUGUGGGAUCUUCCCGGACCUGCGCAAGAACCCGUGUCACCUGCAUCGGCAGGCGGACUCUCAACCACUGCGCCACCAGGGAAGCCCUCUAUUUGUUUUUGAUACAAACUAUGACGAAUUUGAAAGCAUAACAUUACCCAGUUUUUAUUUAAAACUCGAAUUUACAAAAUCUGGACCAUUCUCAGUUACGGUUGUUGUGAUUUUUUACCCCAUCUCUUCCUGUAGCAGUUUCACAGUUUACAAAGCCAGCAGUCUUUGCUCGUUUACUUGGUGUAUUGCUCUGUGCAAAGACAGAUUUUUGAAGCUGUUCUUGCCCCCUGAUGGCUUACACUCUAGACGGACGAGCCAAAACUACCUUGCUAAUAUCUCUUAUGUAAAGUUUUUAAUGAAAAGCAAAUGUUUGAGGGAAUUCUGAAGAGUAAGAAGUUAUUUUCAUUUAGGGCCUCAGAGAAUGUUCUCUAGUUUUUAAGGUGAGUUCUGAAAGUUGGUUAUACUGAAGGAGCUGAAGUGGGAGAUGUUGCCAUUCCGGGUGGGAGAGCCGGACAAGCCAGCACAAGGUAGGUAGCAGUGGAGACCAACUGGGCUAGUGCACUUCAGGUGUGAAGACAUCUGUAUGGAGACCCAGACCAUGGAAUUUGGUAUUUGUCCUGUGGAAGCCAGGAAGAAGUUAACUGACCUUUUUCCGGCAGGGCAAAAGCAAGAUCAGAAAUGUCUGAGCUACUGGGCGGUUACUCUGGCAGCCUGACUAUUUUGAAGCAGAGAGUUGAGAUUAGGACAGUGACUCCCAGGCCCCAUAGCUUUAACCAAUCAAACUGUAUUUAAGUGCACUUAAUUUGAGAUAUAUGGAUAUCUAUAUCUAUCUAUCUAUCUGCCAGUCCAAGCUUUUGACCAUCCUAAGAAUAUCCUUGUAACUGCUCUAAAUAUGAAAGAAAUGCAGCCAAAAGCACAAGAAUAUGGAAAUCUAGGGUGUACAGCCUAGUACUUUUCAAUUUAGGAGACUUUUAAUGUGGAACCUAGCUCUCUGGACUCUUAUCACUUGAACUUUCUUGAGUCCCUACGGGCCCCUUGGACAUGGAGUUGUGCCCAAUGGUCUAGAUAAGAGGUAACAAAGGGUAAGUUAGGAGAGGGGCAGUAAGGCAGGAGAGAAGGAUUGCAGGGAAAGAAGAUAACAGUUGGAACUGAAAUGACUUAGACUCUGAAUAGAAGAGAGUAGCCAGGGUUGGGGAGGGGGGUACCAGUGGAGCUGAGAUGACAGGAAAGAGUGUGCUGAUAAAGGAAUGCUACUUGCUAAUGUCCUGUGGUCAGCAGAUAAGACUUCAUGGAGGGGACUGAACCUGUACUUACUAUGUGCCUGGCACUGCUACUAAUCAUUCUACAAGAAUUAAGUACUUUAAUUCUCUCAACAACCCUGUGAAAUAUGAUGCUUGUUAUCCCCAUUUACAGAAGGGGAAACUGAAGCACAGAGAGGUUAAAUAACAGUCCCAAAGUCACCCAGCUGGUAAGUGAUGGAGCCAGGAUAUAGGCCCAGGAAGUCUGUCUCCAGAGCUGGUGCUCUAACCCCUCUACUGUAAGGAGAAAAGGAAGAAAUUGUUUAGAAGACCAGGUGGCAGGUUCGCUUUGGGCUCUCGAGUUGAGGUGCAUGCAGGAAGGCCAAGGGAAGAUGCGCAGCGGGCACAACAUCAACCUCAUUUGAUGCUCAGACCUUCCUCUGGGGUAGACUGGGCCUGUGUUAUUGGCCUUGCAUUUUCCCCAUGGGCCAGGUGAUUACAUUUCUCUUCCAAAACUUCCAACAGGAGUUAGUCUCAUCUUCAAACUAGAAAAAGUCAGAGAAACCCUAGUAUCCUAUAUAUCUGUUAAGGUUCCCUUUUAUUGCCCUUCAGUACAGAGCAAAGCUACUUGAAGGAUUUGGGCUUAAUUUCAGGAGCAAGCCUCACCAGGGAUGUAUCUGUUUAUAAGGGGAGGUAUCAUCGUUGGCCUUUCACAAAAGCAAUAAGUUUUGCCACACUGUACCCUUUCAUGUUUUUGUCCUUGUUCUGCCCUGUUUCUAGCUUCAAGGGCUCACCUGAGCCAGGACUCUUGGGAGAUACAGAAAAAGUAGAAGGAAUGAUCUCUACUCUGGAAGUUUAUACUCCUAUUUGGGGAGAUGAGAUUAACAGUUAUAAAGAACAAACAAAAUGAGAUAGUUCAUAAUUAUUACAUUAUGUGGGUAAGAUGUAAGUUGCUAGUGGGCAUUUGUGUUUUUAAAUGUGCCAGGGACCUCAGAACUAUAAUAUACCCUCUCUUGUAUUUUCUCUAAGCCAAACAUCUUUUGUACAAUUGUCACCAAAUACUGUCUGAUUAUAUUUUAUUUUCUUCUUCAAUUGUUAGACUUUGCAUUUGUGGCUUCGAAUUUUCAUGUCCUACAGCUCAAAAAACAACAAUUCUUCUAUAACUAGUUAAGUGGCAGAGCUGUGGGUUGAACCAGGCAGUCUACCUAUGGAAUGCAGGCUAUUAACCAGGAUGCUCUGUUGCCUCUCAUUGCCUGUUGUGGGCAACUUCUUGGCUUUUUUUACGCUGGUUGUGGACAGGUACACUCUCUGCCAGGUGGUGAGGGAUGCUUUUGCCUCAAAUGAGUGUUGCCAGGUUCACUGUCUCAGAAGCGAUCUCCCCAUCUGUGGAAGUCGUCAUCAAGCUACAAUCUGAACACCUCAUUCAAUCACCCAUAUAUUCAUCACUUUUUAAUUGAACAUGAGAUUUCCAGCAAACCACUCCGUGCAGAGGAAACAAAGGCAAAUGAAAUCUGUUUCCUGUCCUGGGGGAGCUUGGUCUAGUGGGAGAGAGGUGAAUAAAUGUUUGUGAUGCGAUUUACUAGAGCUAGGAAAAAACAGGGAAAAACUGGUCAAAACCAGCAUAUGAAAGGAUAGUUAGGUAAAUCUGCAGAUAGUCUUGUAGAUCACACUGAAGCCUUAAGACUUAAGUACUGAUUUUAGGGGAGAUUCUUGCUUAACAGUAUGAAGGUAUAGAAAGAGAUAAGAAUGUCUCUUUUCUCCUGACCAUAUUUCAACUUGAGCAAUAAGUAAUUUUGUAUAUAUUCGACCUCGCUGAGUUAGGUUCAUAUUCUUUCUUCUGCUGUUAUUCACCCCUGCUCUCUGAGGUUUCAGGUUGCCUCAGUCAUCCAUAUAGAUAAAACAGGAGGCCUUUCCAAUGGUAUUUUCCCAGAACAUUACUCUCUUCUUGUCUCCAAAUCUCCUGUCUUUAAAAUAUAGUUUCCUUCUCUAUAAAAUGAAGCUGUCACAUUUUACAUUCUUCUCAUUUGCUCUGUGUGUUUGUAUACUUGUAAGCAUUUUUCACAGUUCGAAACUUUGUGGGAACAGACUUUGCCCCGGAGUUUUAUCAUUAAUUGACAUUCCUAGAAGAAGGAGAGGAAUUACGCUGUAUGUUUUCCAGACUUUUUCAGCAGCUCAAUGGCCUCCCCGAAGAAGAAACUUCAAGGUCUUGUUGCUGCGACCAUCACGCCAAUGACUGAGCAUGGAGAAAUCAACUUCUCAGUCAUUGGUCGGUAUGUGGAUUAUCUUGUAGAAGAACAGGGAGUGAAGAAUAUCUUUGUGAAUGGCACGACAGGAGAAGGCCUGUCCCUGAGCAUCUCAGAGCGCUGCCGGGUCGCGGAGGAGUGGGUGACAGAAGGGAGGAACAAGUUGGAUCAGAUAGUAAUUCACGUGGGAGCACUGAGCUUGAAGGAGUCACAAGAACUGGCCCAACAUGCAGCAAAAAUAGGAGCCGAUGGCAUCGCUGUCAUUGCACCUUUCUUUCUCAAGCCAUGGAACAAAGAUGUCCUGAUUAAUUUCCUAAAGGAGGUGGCCGCUGCUGCCCCUGCACUGCCGUUUUACUACUAUCACAUUCCUGCUUUGACAGGGGUAAAGAUUCGUGCUGAGGAGUUGUUGGAUGGAAUUCAGGAUAAGAUCCCCACCUUCCAAGGGCUGAAAUUCAGUGACACAGAUCUCUUAGACUUCGGGCAAUGUGUUGAUCAGAAUCGCCAGCAACAGUUUGCUUUCCUUUUUGGGGUGGAUGAGCAACUGUUGAGUGCUCUGGUGAUGGGAGCAACUGGAGCAGUGGGCAGUACCUAUAACUACCUGGGAAAAAAGACAAACCAGAUGUUGGAGGCUUUUGAACGGAAGGACUUCUCCUCGGCCCUGAACCAUCAGUCCUACUCAAAUAAAUCAUCUCACCCAAAACAGUAUUGGUAAGCAGUUUAGUUUACCACAUUCUGUUUUUUCUUACAGAAAGCAAGUGUGAGCAGGUCUCAUUUACUCACUUAUUAAUAUACCAUGGGCUGAACUGAAUAUAUAAUUUCAAUAAAACUGGUCUCUGCCCUAAAGGAGUUUGCAGUCAAGUGAAGAAACAGAUAAAUAAAAAGUUAGGGCUAAACUUACUCAUUCUCAUGGAC